ACGAGCGAGAGACUAGAUAAAUAGCUGUUAAAAAUGUACACAGCGCCACCAAUUGUCUGAAAAAGUUUCUAAUUUUCCCAAGAUGCAAUUGGAAUCCCUUAGCAACUGCCUAGCUACUCAUUCAUGCAUGGAAAGUGAAUGUCGUGCAAGGAGUGCGAUUCAGCCGAGUUCCGAUACACUGCCUUUUCGUAUUUUGAGCGACGUUUUUCUCUCUUUAAAAGAUAAGAUUUGACUACAAAUCAAACAGUAGGAGGCCUGUGUAUUGGAAGUUUGAAGGAAAGGAAACACCAUGUCACAACAACAAAACGGCGACAAUGCAGUUCUCUCCAAACUUGAACUGAUUUCUAUGACUGGUUUCAAUGGUGAAGUGUUUGCCGGUUUCAAGGUUCAUCCUGACAAAGAACACAUCAUAUACCCCGUGGGUAACACAGUCAUUGUAGAGCACAUCACCAAGAAUACACAGAACUGCUUGUCUGGCCACACCAACGAUGUCUCCUGCAUUGCUGUCUCCAAGGAUGGAAAGUACAUUGCUUCUGGACAGGUCACCUACAUGGGUUUCAAGGCUGAUGUCAUCAUCUGGGACUUCAAGGAGAAAGAGCUCUACUGCCGUCUAGAUCUACACAAGGUCAAAGUUCAAUCACUAGCCUUCUCUCCAAGCUCCCGGUACCUGGUGUCGCUGGGUGGGCAAGACGAUGGUAGUGUCGUCGUUUGGGACGUUGCGAAAAAGCAGUCGGUGUGUGGGUCACCAGCUGCCGUCAUGAGCGCCGGGAUGACAUCUUGUAUUGCCUACUGUAAUAACGACGAUCACCAGUUUGUCACAGCUGGAGAGCGUACCAUCCGUGUGUGGACACUUGAUGUGGCCAAUCGUAAAAUCCGUCCAGUUGACUGCAACAUGGGGCAGCUCAAGCGUUAUGUCAAGUGCAUUGAGGUCUCCAACGACGAUAAAUACUUCUACUGUGGCACCACUAGCGGUGAUGUUCUACAGAUUAAUGUAAGCAGUAAGCUUCUGGGCAUGUAUGGUCCUGAGAAGGAUAAAUACAGCCAGGGUGUAACCUCCUUGGCACUGCUAUGGACUGGGGAGAUACUGGUGGGGGCUGGGGACGGCACUGUGGCUCUCGUCAAGGGAGACAAAUUCAAGAAGAUCAGGCAUCGUAAAUUGGCAGGAUGUGGCACCAUCUCAUCUAUUGCCUUGAGAGGAGCUGGACACCAGUUCCUGGUUGGUACAGGGAAGUCCAAGAUAUAUCGCUUCAACCUGGCCGACUUUGAAAACGAGAUCAUGAGAGAUUGCCAUUACAGCAGUGUUGAAGAUAUUGCCUUCCCUUACGGUUUCUCAGAUCUCUUUGCAACCUGUUCCCAGAAUGAUAUCCGUGUGUGGAAUGCCAAGAACUGUAAGGAUCUACUCUCCAUCACAGUGCCCAAUAUGACUUGUCAUGCCAUUGAGUUCACCAGAGAUGGCAGGAGUAUUGUCAGUGCAUGGGAUGACAACAAGAUUCGAGUGUUCUACCCGGAGUCAGGCAAGCUCAUGUACCAGAUCAAUGAUGCCCACAAUAAGAAGGUGACCGCCAUUACCACCACCUCGGACUGCAGCCGCAUCAUCAGCGGUGGCGGGGAGGGACAGGUCCGAGUCUGGGUGAUCAGCAACAUGAAGGCAACACUCAAAGAGGCCAUGAAGGAACAUAAGGCGGCAGUCACAUGCAUUGUGGUCAAGAAGAAUGACAGCGAGUGCAUUAGUGCCAGUGAUGAUGGCUCCUGCAUCAUCUGGGAUCUUAAUCGUUUCACUCGAAGCGUCGUCAUAUUUGCCAGCACAUUGUUCAAGUGUGUUUGCUACAACCAGGAAGAGUCUCAAGCAAUUACAAGUGGCACAGAUAGAAAGAUUGGGUACUGGGAAGCAUUCAAUGCCAGUCAGAUUCGUGAAGUGGAUGGAUCUAAGACUGGCGCUGUGAAUGGUAUGAUGGUGUCGCCAGACGGCCAACACUUUGUGACAUGCGGUGAUGACAAACUCAUUAAGGUGUGGAAUUAUGAGGAAGGUAGUGUGACCCACGUUGGAAUCGGCCACAGUGGAGAGGUGAACAAACUUCGUAUCUGCCCGAACCAGAAGACCAUCGUCAGUGUCAGCAAAGACGGUGCCAUCCUUUGCUGGAAGUACCCCCAUGGCUCCACUGAUAACUAUUGAGGGAGAUGAUUCUUUGAAUAUAUCGUAGGGACAGACAGGGGAACUUUUUCGAUUGGGAAGGGGGGGGGGGUGUCCAAGUCAUUGGGUAUGUCGGAAGGUGGGUGUUUAAAAAAAAAAAAUUGCCAUGGUUCUAUAUUGUGACACAUGAAAUGGAGUCCAUUAAGAAAACUAAAUGACAAAAGGGUUAGCAAGGCGUUAAAAGUAAUCAGAGCAGGUUCAAAGUGUUGUCUGAUGUAAGGGUGAAUCAAGACACUAGAUGUGGUUGCAAUUCACAAAGAAAUGUUCGAUCAAUUUACAUGACUUGUUUCCAAAGACAAUGCAGAAAGAGAAAUUUCAUUGUCAGUAGUGCCUUCAAAAAUAUCAUCACUUAAAUGGUCUCUGUUUAAAUUUACUUCCAAAAGGUUAUCUGAAGAAUUGCGAUGCACUAAUGAUAUUAUACAAAACUUGACUGUUUUGAUUGCUAUGGUUAAAACUACAACUCCCGAGGUGAUCAUCUGCGCAUUUUGUUUUUCCCAAGGCAAAGUCGAGGGAAAAUGGAGUGGAGUCCUAGUUUUAACCAUAGCUUGAGUAAAAGCAGUACAUAUUUGUUUUACAACACCUCUUAAAUUAUUGUGCCUAGAUGUCAAGUUACUCAAAAAUUGCUGUUGCUAUGGGAAUAGAACUUUUGUUGAUAUGUGAAAGCAUAUUGUUGCUACGACGAUAGUACAUUGUUUGCUGCAUGUAAGUUGCAUGGUUUCUAGUAAUAAUAAGACGUCAGGUGACAUGUUUUAGGCAGGGCCUUUGUUAGGGGUGUUAUGUCUAUGAAUGUGUUAUGCUGACUGCACAUAAUGUCACUGUUUCCCCUGCCAAUUCAAAUGUGAAGGGGCUACCCACCUCUUUGCUUUCACUGACCACUUUGUUGUGGAGAUUUAUCAUUGAGUUAAUAGUAUACUUGCAAAUAUUGUUUAUAUUGUGUCAUUUAUGACCUUGCUCCUUGACCUCUAUCCAUCAAGAACUGUGAUUGUGAUGUGUACAGCAUUCUUGUCAGUUUGCAGACUCUGUACAUUUGGCUUUAAUCUUCAAUUUAAACAAUUACUUUUUUCCAGAAAGUUUUCAAAAAGUAAAGUACUUGUCUUUUUGACUUCAUUGUGAUGUCAGUUCACCAGCCAGGGAAACUUAUGGUACCUACGUACACAAUGAAGUCAGAAAGAAAAGAACUUUAGUUUUUUAAACAGUCUGGAAACUGAACCACUUUAAUUUUGCCCAUUCCAGGCUCAGUACACUAGCCUAGAGAAAUAAAACCAGGGUACAGCAUUUGUAUGUAUAUUUACAUUGAGAUGCCUGGCAAGUAUCAUUUCCUUUGAUAGUGCCACUUUAACUAUCAGUCCGUCCAUGUUAGUAUUUUUUUACUUAAAAAUAUACGUCCAUGAUUCUGUCAAGAAUUAACUAGCAGCAAGAAAUAAUUACAAUUAAUAAAUGUUUUGCUUACUGAUUUAUUUUCUUCUUGGAAGCACUCAAUUAAAGUUUAAUUUACUGGUAACACAAAUAAAAUUAACAGGUAUUUGACAGAUAUUUAUGAUUUGUUUUGUACAUAAUUGCUUUAUUGCUACUUUUGGGACGUUUGUAAAUGCUUGCUUCAAUUUAUUCAGCUCUCGUUGGAAAAAUCCGUCCCAUUUUCUACUCUUAUUAUUAAAUUCCUGUAUCCGUCCAAAUAUUCAUUACUAAUGUAAAAAAUGUAAUGGGUGUCGAUGAUAACAUUAUUACGCACUUAUUGUAAAAAUAUCUGUGGCCUUUCUUUUUCUUCUGAUCAAUUUAAUUCCAUGUAUUGAUCAUUUUGUUCGUAAUAAAUUAAUUGAUUUUGAGAGAUAAUAGUUUAGUUUGUACAUUUACUUGCGAUAAUAAAAACAUGUAUUAUUAACGGGUUCUCUGAUGUAAUAAACUUGGGCAUUUGCCAUUGUGUC